AUGAUCUUCCCCAGCAGCAGCGGCAACCCCGGCGGCAGCAGCAACUGCAGGAUGCCCUCUCGCAAGCAGCAGUCUCUGGUCCCAGCGCACCCCAUGGCCCCUCCCAGCCCCAGCACCACCAGCAGUAAUAACAACAGCAGUAGCAGUAGCAACUCAGGAUGGGACCAGCUGAGCAAAACGAACCUCUGUAUCCGAGGGCUGCCUCCCAACAGCACAGACCAGGACCUGGUGAAGCUGUGUCAGCCAUAUGGGAAGAUCGUCUCCACGCAGGCAAUUUUGGAUAAGACAACAAACAAAUGCAAAGGUUAUGGUUUUGUCGACUUUGACAGUCCUGCAGCAGCCCAGAAAGCUGUGUCUGCCUUGAAGGCUAGUGGGGUUCAAGCUCAAAUGGCAAAGCAACAGGAACAAGAUCCUACUAACCUAUACAUUUCUAAUCUGCCACUGUCCAUGGAUGAGCAAGAACUUGAAAAUAUGCUCAAACCAUUUGGACAGGUUGUUUCUACAAGGUUACCAGGGGAUUCCAGUGGCACAAGUUGAGGUGUUGGCUUUGCUGGGAUGGAAUCAACAGAGAAGUGUGAAGCCGUCAUUGGUCAUUUUAAUGGAAAAUUCAUUAAGACACCACCUGGAGUUUCUGCUCCUCCAGAACCUUUGUUGUGUAAGUUUGCGGACAGAGGACAGAAGAAGAGGCAGAACCCAAACAAAUACAUCCCUAAUGGAAGACCAUGGCAUCCAGGAGGAGAGGCUGGAAUGACACUUACUUAUGACCCAACCACAGCUGCUCUACAGAACGGAUUUUAUCCUUCACCAUACAGUAUUGCUACAAACCGAAUGAUCACUCAAACUUCUCUUACACCCUCUAUUGCAUCUCCUGUAUCUGCCUACCAGGUGCAAAGUCCUUCUUGGAUGCAACCUCAACCCUAUAUCCUACAGCACCCCGGGGCCGUGUUAACUCCCUCGAUGGAGCACACCAUGUCACUACAGCCCGCGUCUAUGAUCAGCCCUCUGGCCCAGCAGAUGAGUCAUCUGUCACUAGGCAGCACCGGAACAUACAUGCCUGCGACAUCAGCUGUGCAAGGGGCUUAUUUGCCACAGUACACACACGUGCAGACGACAGCCGUUCCCGUUGAGGAAGCAGGUGGACAGCAGCAGGUGGCUGUCGAGACGUCUAAUGCCCAUUCACCAUAUUCCUUUCAACCUAGUAAGGAACUGUGAGAUGUACAGAAGGGCGUUCUUACAUGAAGAAGGGUGUGAAGGCUGAACAAUCAUGGAUUUUUCUGAUCAGUUGUGCUUUAGGAAAUUAUUGACAGUUUUGCACAGGUUCUUGAAAACGUUAUUUAUAAUGAAAUCAACUAAAACUAUUUUUGCUCUAAGUUCUGUAAGGUGCAUAAAACCCUUAAAUUCGUCUAGUAGCUGUUUCCCUGAACAGGUUUAUUUUAUUAAAAAAAAAAACAAACAAACACACAGAAAAAAGAUUUUUUUCAAAUGUUACAA